UUUGUGCAUGGUUUUCAAUAUUUCGAGAGGAGAGAUUGGAUGAUUAAUGUAUUAUUGUAAUUUUGAUUUUAAACACAGUAGAUUGUUAAACAUUAAACAAAGAUGGGGAAAAAUAGAAGAACGCGAAAAGUUGUUAUGCAAAAGUUUGCACAGAUGAAGAAGAUGAUAAACCUGAGAGAUUCAAGAAUAAAACCGGAACUUCGUAGACCAUUAAGAAAGACUAAGAAAGAAGACCCAACUCAACUUAAAAUAAGAGAAGUGCCACAACAGUCCUCUGCAUUGUUCUUUCAAUAUAACACACAAUUGGGCCCACCCUAUCAUAUAUUGAUAGACACAAAUUUUAUAAACUUCUCGGUUAAAAAUAAAUUAGACAUCAUAGAAAAUAUGAUGGAAUGUCUUUAUGCAAAAUGCAUUCCAUAUGUAACAGACUGCGUGAUCGGUGAAUUGGAAAAGCUAGGUCAAAAAUAUAAAAUAGCUUUAAGGAUUAUAAAAGAUCCUAGGUUCGAGAGAUUAAACUGCAUGCACAAAGGAACUUAUGCAGAUGAUUGUAUCGUCAAUAGGGUAACUCAACACAAAUGCUAUAUUGUGGCAACCAAUGACAAGGAUCUAAAGAGAAGGAUACGAAAAAUACCAGGUGUACCUAUAAUGUAUGUUUCUCAGCAUAGGUAUACCAUAGAAAGAAUGCCAGACGCGUAUGGAGCACCUAGGAAAUAG